CUCACCGCGAGGUGUAGCGGAGUCACGGCGCUUAGCUUGCAAUCUUACAACCUCUUAUGCGCCUGCACGACGUACCUUGCAACUACCAUUGUCGACCACAAAAUGUCAGCUCUUAUCACCGCCAUCAUCUAUUGCAUCACAGGUGCUUCGUCGGAGGACAAACCCUACCCAGACGAGAAGCAAGCGCUCAUCCAUACCCGCCACGCUCGCCCACUCGACGAAGUCGUAGUAGAUGUGGUUAACGCCAUACUGCGCGCCGAGAAGGCCGGCGCAGGACUGAAAGCCGAGCUUGAAGCCAUCGUCGGUCCAUACGGAUGGAAGGAGUAUCUGGCGGAGAAGGUGCUGGAGAAGCUGGGUGCUGCCUUGCAAGGUGCGCAUGACAAACUUGGCCCUGCGAUCCGCGACGCGUACCACAAGGUAUGGGAAGUUGCAAAUGAGAUCGAGGGCUUUGUCAUUCAGCAUCCCGUCAUGUGCACCAUCAUCGCGCUCGGCGUUCUCGUCGUCAUUGCGCCUUGGGUAGUUGAAGCGUUGGGCUUCGCGGAGCUAGGACCCGUGAAAGGCUCCUUCGCAUCCUGGUGGCAGAUAUCGUACGGCGGCUUGGUGCCCAAGGGUUCGCUAUUCUCUUUCUUCCAGCGCUUGGGCAUGGUGGGGUUGUGGCAUUGACCACCUCCCGGCAUGACCUUUAGGGGUACCGGUGCUGCAUCGUACGAUGAUGCGUGCGGAGGCGAAGAUGAGCCAGGGACGGAUAUUGAGUCAAGAUCGAAAUCCGAUGCCGAAGUCCAAUGUCCUCGGAAGAUAAAGUCGGGUCACGAAGUUUCCUCCAGGUUUUCUUUUUGCAUGACCUUCUUUUUACACAAUUGCGUCCACGAAUCGGGCCAUCAGUCUACAAAUGAACGUUAGAGCUUAAAGGAUUCAUCGAAUCAAUAAGUUUUUGCUGAG